AUGUUGCUGCGCGAGUGGUACGGAGAGCGAGAGAUUCUUAUAACUGGAGUGACAAGCCAAUUGGGCCGUAAUUUGUUGGAAAAAUUAUUGAGGUCCUUUCCAGGCGUCAAACUCCAUCUCAUCGUGAGGACUCGCGAUGGCGUGGAAAAAGACGAUCGCGUUCAGAAGAGCAUUUGGAGUUCUCCGGGCUUCGCACGGCUUCGUCAAGAGAGACCCGAUGCUGCUUCUUGCAUCAAAAUCUACGAGGGUAAUCUUGUCCAUACUCAUCUUGGCUUACAAUACUACGAGCAGAAGGCAUUGGCCAAUGUUAGCAUCGUCUUUCAUGUAGGUGGCGAUCCCGCAUGUCUUCUCGAGUUCUGUGAACAGCUGCCGAAUCUACGAGCCGUGGUCGUUGUCGAUGAACUGUUGAGAUGCAAGGAGGACCAGAUAAUAGAGAAUCACAUGGGCCACGACAACUUUCCAACGGACCUGCGGUUGGGCAUAGUUCGGCUUCCACCAGUGGCUCCAGCCUUGCGUGAACCAAUGCCUGGUUACGUUGAACUGCUGAAAGCGCCCACGGCCGUGAUGGUUGGUGCAGGAUACGUGCUGGGUCGGAGUGAUUUUCCAGUUGAAAUUGUGCCCAUCGACGUAGCGACUAAUACGCUCAUUGUGGCCGCCUGGGACAUUGGGCAGAGGUUGGUUCCUCUUUAUUACAAUGCAUCAACGAUCGAGUGUACUUGGGAAGACAUUGUUCACAAGGGAAAACGAGGAUGCAACAAAUACAGAUAUCCAAGUUUUGGGCUGCAAGGCAUCACUUCGUCUAUUAUUUUGCAUUGGCUCAUUGUUACAGUCUUUGAGUGGCUGCCAUGUUUGAUAAUCGAUGUGAUAUUUUGGUUGUUUAAUCGACGAAAAACAAUGCUCCAAGAGCACAACCGAGUACGUGGUCUUCUAAAAGAUUUUGAAUCGGUGACCUACAGAACUGUCCAAGUAGAGCGUCACAGGAUCAACGAGUUGGCCCUGAAACAUUUAAGUCCGGAGGAACUGGAGAUGGGCCCACUGUAUCCCGAACCAAUGGAUCUGGAAACUUACAUCCUGUGUGCGGCUGCAGCGACGCGGAAGUACCUCGUUGGUGAAAAAAAUUUGACGAUUAUGCAAUGUUUCAUGCCAACAGUUCUGUUGCUCGCGUUUAUUAGUUGCUAUUUUGCAUUUUAUCAUUGCCAAUCGAAGUAGAAGAUGAUUUUCUGACGGAUUGGUGACUUGUAACUUUUGUCCAUUUGGAAAUUUUUUUUUUUGGUUUUAGUUAAUUUUGAUACAUUCAUUUAUAAAGACGGUUGU